UGUCUGGCAUUGCGCAUGUCCCGGAGCCGGCGCUGUCAUAAUGGCGUCUCAGGUUGUUAGAUUGUCAGCACUUCCAGCUGCUCUGGGGAUGGUAUCUUUCAAAGUAUAUGCUUCAAGUAAAAGUCACCAGAAUAAGGAUUCAAUCAAGCCAGAGCAGCUUUCAGUUUAUACAGAACCUGCCACAAACUCCACGUACAUAACAGAGCAGCCUGGUUGGCUCCUACGUCGGAUUAUUGUUGUGAGACAAGCAGUUGAACCAUUUGCAGCUCAGUGCAAGGGUGUAUAUAUUGCUAUGAAAAAUGGUGCGACGAACACAAUCGCAUUUGGGAAAGAUACCUAUAUCUUUCUCAAGAAUCCACCUGAAGGAUUUUUCCCAAGAAUGGGUGUGAUAGCAGUAUCUGGAUUGGCAGGAUUAAUUCUGGCAUCAAGAGGUUCACGUGCUAAGAAGAUGGUAUAUCCUGCGGGACUUGCAACUGUGGGAAUGGCUAUAUGUUACCCUCAACAAGCCAUUUCAGUGGCAAAGUUUUCUAGUCAGAAGAUGUAUGCUGUCAGCCAAGGGAGUUAUGAGGCUGUUCGAUCUCUCUGGAAAAGAAGUGUUGAAAAGAAAAAGGAAGACCUGGAGACCACUAAAGUGAAGGAGGAUCCACUAAAGCAAGAAACACUUGGUAAAACAGAAAGCACCGACUCUCCAUUUGAAGAAGAAUUGCCUCAAAAACCACUACAGCCAAAAGUUACCUUUGUGCCAACAGGAGAAAAGCGAAUGACUGUACUUGACCCCAGUUUGAUGGACCAUGGUCAAUCAAGUCCUGAAGAUAUGGACUUGUACAGCACUCGAAGUUAAGGACCCAGAUGACUGCAGACAUCUACAGUAUGUUUUCUGGUAUUUCCAAGAGUCUUUGUUGGAAGUGGAACAACUUUGUAUAUCCAGAAAUGUUAAUGUCCACCGUUUAUGCUAAAGUGUGAAUUUUUCAUUAUGCAGCGUGUAUUUAUUUAUAUCUCUCAAAAUGUGUUGAUUAUAAACCUGCCUCCUCCUAAAAUUUUACAUAUUCAAUUGAGACAUUCAAUAAAGAAAUGAGAUUGCUGUUCGUGUUUAUACUGCAUUGUAUAAUGGUGUUUGCUAUAUCUAGAAAAUAAAUAUUGAGUAACUGCA